AUGGCGACAUUUUUUCUAGUAUUGUCCUUGGCCUUAGCUGCCUCGGCAAUUCCACCACCACCACCAAGCUCAAGAAAUACCGUUUUCAUCGACGAACAACUUGUGGGACAAAUCUUUGAAGUCAAAUCUGAAGAAAUCACUGACCUUGCCACAAGAAGCACUUCCCAGUACAGACUUCCCACUACUACCAGACCUAUCCAUUAUGACGUACUUUGGAUUGUUGAAAUAGAUCAGCUAACAUAUUCUGGCACAGUGGAAAUAACACUUGUUGCCACUCAAGCGAAUGUUCAGGAAAUUGUAUUGCAUUCUAAGGAUUUAGACAUAACAUCCUUAAGGCUUCUUCGCGGAGAUACUGUAUUAGUACAAGGACUAGGAAAUAUGGUGGCGGAUGUAGAGCUGGAAUUUUUGAAAGUUCGAACCGGUGCAGCUUUAGAAUACAAUGCAACUAAUCCUGUUCAAUACACACUACAAUUUGGCUUUAUAGCUGAGUUAAGAAAAGAUAUGGCGGGUAUAUACAGAAGUUGGUUCCGAAAUUCUUAUAAUGAAUCCGUAAGCUGGAUGGCAACUACACAAUUCCAGCCGACUAGUGGUCGGACCGCCUUCCCCUGUUACGAUGAACCAUCUUUUAAAGCGACCUUCAGCAUUCGCAUUCGCCGACCCACUGGAUUCAAGAGUUGGUCCUGUACCCGCCAAAACACUACCAUCGUAAACGUAACCAACGGCUUUGAUGAAGAUGUCUAUUCUAUUACACCGACUAUGUCAACAUACCUAAUAGCACUAAUUGUUGCUAAGUAUGAUACCAAUAAAACACCGGAGGAUGGUCUAUUGAAAUACGAAGUGAUUGCUCGGCCUGGAGCAAUGGGUAAAAAUCAAAGUGACUACGCGUUUGACGUGGGGCAAAAGUUGUUAGACAAUAUGAGCCAACACACGGCUAUGGAUUUCUUUAGCCAAUCACCAAACCUUAAAAUGACUCAAGCUUCCAUUCCGGAUUUCUCAGCAGGGGCCAUGGAAAACUGGGGAUUGCUCACUUACAGAGAAGCAUACCUAAUGUACGACCCUGAACAAACUCACGAUCAAGCCAAGCAGAUUAUCGCUUAUAUUCUAUCCCACGAGAUAGCCCAUAUGUGGUUUGGUAACCUAGUUACUUGUGACUGGUGGGGUCACACCUGGCUAAAUGAGGGUUUCGCUAGAUACUACCAAUAUUAUCUUACACAUUCGGUUGAAUUUGAAAUGCGUUUUGACAUACGUUUCAUAACGGAACAAGUGCAUACAUCUAUGCUCGCGGAUUCAGCAGACAAUCAUCCUCUUUCCAACCCAAAUGUUGGUAGCCCUAGUGAUAUUAGUAACAUGUUCUCCACAAUUUCGUACAACAAGGGAGCAGCUAUAAUCAGAAUGACGGAACAUUUGCUCGGUACUGACGUACACACACAAGGUCUACGAGAUUAUUUAAAGAACAACUCCUACAAAACGGUCGUACCAAGCGACUUGUCACAAACGCUCCACAAUGCUGCAGUGCAAGCGGGCGCGAUUUCUGAAUAUGGCACAAACUUCUCAGUUGUUGAGUAUUAUAAGACAUGGCAUGACCAACCAGGAGUACCAGUGAUCUACGUCGAUGUUAACCAUAAAACUGGUGACAUGACUAUUACACAGCGUCGUUUUGACAUAAACACGGGUUACGCAAGAGUUAAUUAUAACUGGCAAAUACCAAUUUCGUUCACUACAGCCAGUACUGUCAACUUUACGGAUACGAAGCCAUCUCAUGUGUUGACUUCAACAGUAACUGUUGUGAACCGUGGUACUGUGGGUGACGAAUGGGUCAUAUUUAAUAAACAACAAACAGGUUACUACAGAGUAAACUACGACGACUACACCUGGAACUUGAUUAUCGUGGCACUAAGAGGUGCUGACAGAACCAAAAUACAUGAACAUAAUCGUGCCCAAAUAGUAGACGAUGUUCUUCAAUUCGCACGAUCAGGACUUAUGACUUACACACGAGCUUUCAACAUCCUAUCUUUCCUUCAAUAUGAGAAGGACUACGCCCCCUGGGUGGCCGCCAUGACUGGUUUCACAUGGAUAAGAAACAGACUAGUUGGUAGCCCCCUGUUAGCGAGAUUAGAGGGACAAAUUAUACGAUGGGCCACACCACUCAUGAACGAAUUGGGAUACACUCCAAUCUCUGGUGAAAGCUUCAUAAGGUCGUACUUGAGACGUCAAAUUGCCCCAGUGAUGUGUAAUAUGGGCGUUGAAGCGUGUCGAACAUCAGCAACUACACAAUUCCGGCGGCUUAUCGACGAUCAAUUGGAAGUAGCAGUAAACAAUCGUAACUGGGUGUACUGUAAUGGACUCCGCGCCAGCAAUAACUACAGUGACUAUGCAACGAUGUGGAAGAGAUUCAUAGAACACAACGUUUACACUGAGAAAAUUGUAUUGCUUCAAACACUUGGAUGCACGCCUCUGGAAAGAGCGCUGAAUGAGUUGCUUACUUCACUAGUAAAAGAUAAUUAUGAAAUUCGCGAACAAGACUACUCCACAACUUUCAACACAGCUCUAACAGGGAAUGAAGGAAAUACCCAGAUUGUGUGGAACUUCAUUAAAAGUAAUUUAACAGAUAUUGAGAAUGCCUUCGGCUCGGUUUCAUCUCCGUUACGAAGCGUUGCUGCAAGACUUAGAUCAACAGAACAAAUCACCGAGUUUCAAUUAUGGCUGAACCAAACACAAGCUGACCUGGGUGACGCCUACACAAGCAUCUAUAGAGCUGCAGAAUCUGCUCGCAAUAGUUUAGCCUUCGCAGACCAGAUUCAAAAUGACCUUGAUAACUACUUGACAAAUGGUGACGAUAAUAUUGGGCCAUCGACCCCACCACCAGACCCCAUUGUCGAUCCCCCAACAGUUCCAAGACCAGAUGUCACCCCUCCACCAACACCAGAUUUGCCUGGAUCAGCUAUGACAGCAGCGGUAUCGAUCAUCGUUGUUGCAUUUGCUGCAAUCACUAACAUAAUUGUAUAG